AUGCUGCUCGAUGAGGAGGGAGGUUCCCUCCGACGGGAACCAGCCACAUAUGACCCAGCGGCUAAUCAAGGGCAAGUUCAACCACGGUUGGACAAAUUAGAGGCAACUUGGGAUGAUUUUCAUGAGCUACAAGAGGAAAUUUGUGAGUUGGAUGCAAAGGGGGAGUUUGAGCAAGAGACUAAUAAUGCAUAUGGUGAAUUCGAGACUCAGUAUUAUGAGCUACGGUCGUCGCUUUUGGAGAAACUGGCUGCUCGUGCGCCUGGGCCAAACCUGGAGAACUCUAUGCGGAAUAACAGUGCGUUGGGGCUACAUACUGGGGUUCGCCUGCCGCAAAUUUCGUUGCCGGAGUUCGACGGAGACUACAAGGGGUGGCUUUGCUUCAAGUCUACUUUUGUUUCGCUAAUCCACGAUUCCCAAGAACUCAGCGAUGUGCAGAAGUUUCAUUACCUGAAAUCUGCAUUGAAAGGGGAAGCGGCCAAGUUGAUCGAGUCUCUAACGAUCACCAACGACAACUACGUGAUUGCUUGGGAAACUAUUGCGAAACGAUACUCGAAUGAAUAUCUGCUCAAGAAACGGCACCUUCAAGCGUUAAUGGAGUUCCCUAAGGUGGAAAAAGAGUCGGCAGUACGGAUUCAUGGAUUGGUGGAUGAGUUCGAUCAACGUCUGAAGGUAUUGAAGCAGCUUGGGGAGAAGACUGAGCACUGGGGAGCGAUGAUUAUCCACUGGAUGUGCUCGAAGCUGGACACACACACUCUGCAGCUAUGGGAGGAUCAUGCAGCAUCACUGAGGGAGCCAACAUUCGUGGCGUUGGUGGAUUUUUUAGAGAAGAGAACGAGGGUUCUGGAAGCCGUGCAGUCCAAUACUGGCAAGGUCAACAGUGUUCAGCCAAAGGUCCAGAUGAAGCAGAAAUUGGCGGUUCAUACUUCGAUGGAGAGCGGAAGAAGUGAUCCAUUGUGUCAAUGUUGCGGCGAGCAGCAUUAUCUGGUUCGGUGUGCCAAAUUCCAAAGUUUCGGACUUAAGGAGAGAUUGGAUUUCGUCAACAGCAAAAGACUUUGCAGCAACUGUUUUAAAUCCAGGCAUUGGGUGCGGGAUUGCAACUCCAGAUUUGGCUGCAAGACCUGCGGGAAGAAGCAUAACUCUUUAAUUCAUCCAGGAUUUCAAACCAGUAGUGGGGGUAGCAACAACAAUGGUUCCAAUGGCAAUCGCUCAUCUGCCACUUCUGGGAGGAAGGAUAACGGUGCCAGGGCGCACGUUGCAACGGAAACUGUGGAAGAAGCUCAAGACGAUGCUGCUGAAGGAGCUGUAGCCGGAUCGUAUAGCGUUGGGGCCAAGCAAGGCAGCGUGCAUUCGAGCGUUUUUCUUUCUACUGUGGUUGUAUGGGUACAAGAUCAGAAUGGUGGCAAGCAGUUGGCUCGUGCAUUGUUGGACAGCGGCUCGCAGGUCAAUGUGAUGAGUGAACGGUUGUGUCAAAUGCUCAAAUUGAAGAGGCGGACAAUAUGCGUGCCAAUCACAGGAGUUGGGCAAGCGGAGCUGGUGGCGAAACAUGCCGUUCGCUCUACAAUCAGUUCCAGAGUCACGGAUUUCAUGAUCGGAAUGGAGUUUCUGGUACUAAAGAGGGUGACUUCAGAGCUACCGUGUGUAACGGCUCCGAUUACUCAUUGGAAGAUUCCACAUGAGCACCAGUUGGCGGACCCACAGUUCAACACAAGCGGGCGAAUUGAUUUGCUACUGGGGGCUGAACAUUUCUUCAGCUUCCUUUAUGCGAGAGAGAUGAAACGAGUCACUUUAGGCCCACAGCUGCCAAUUCUUGUAGAUUCUGUGUUCGGAUGGAUCGUGUCGGGGAAGGAUGCAAGUCUACAACAAAAAAGGUCGGUGAAAUGCUGUACUGUAACUACCCCGGUCAAGCUCGAAGAAAUGCUGGAAAGAUUCUGGAAGGUGGAAAGUUGCAGUGAGCAACCAGCAUGGUCGAAGGAGGAGCAGGACUGCGAGGAGGACUUCAAACGAACUCAUUCAAGAGCGGACGAUGGGAGGUACAUUGUUCAGUUGCCGAAGCAACCAAAUUUCGAUCGAAUGCUGGGUGAGUCAAGAACUGCAGCGUUGGAUAGGUACCGAAAAUUAGAGAAUCGGUUGGAGAGGAAUCCUAACAUGAAGGAACAAUACCACGCCUUCAUGAAGGAGUAUUUGGACAUGGGUCACAUGCGCAAGUUAACGGACGAGGAGAAGCAAGCAGAGGCCAACGGAAUGGAAGGAAGAGCUCAACCGACGGUCUUUUACUUACCUCAUCAGGCAGUGCUCAAGGAGUCGAGCACGACAACAAAGUUGCGCGUCGUAUUUGAUGCCUCAGCAUGCUCCAGUAGUGGCUAUUCCCUCAACGAUGUUCUGUUGAAGGGACCGGUUAUUCAGGAUGAACUUCUCCAUGUUCUUGUUCGCUUCCGCAAACAUGCAGUGGCUCUUGUGGGGGAUGUAGAAAAAAUGUACAGGCAGGUUGUACAUGAUGCAGACGAUUCUCUGCGCCUGAGAAUAUUCUUCCGGUUCAACGAGAAUGAGCCAAUUGCAGUCUUCGAGCUGCUAACACUAACGUAUGGGUUAAAACCAGCAUCCUAUCUGGCAACCCGUGCACUACAACAGUUAGCAGUCGAUGAAAGUUUAGGCAAUUCUCCUGCCACUGCAGCAUUGAAGAAAGAUUUCUACGUUGACGACUACAUUGGAGGUGCGGCAAACGUAGAGGGAGCGAUAGUUCUACGGGAAGACCUAACAUCGUUGAUGGCCAAAGGGGGUUUUCCUAUUCGUAAAUGGUGUUCGAACUAUUCUGAAGUCUUGGCUGGUAUUCCUAAGGAUCAAUUAGGAACUAAUCUCACCAUUACUUUUGAUUUGAGCCCGGACGAAAAAGUUAAAACUUUAGGCAUCACAUGGGAACCUAAAGCGGACCAACUCCGCUUCCUAUUCAACGUUAGCGACGAUGGACGUGAUUGGACUAGACGGAGUAUUUUGUCUGCGAUAGCGAAGCUGUUUGAUCCGCUCGGAUUGAUUUCUCCCGUGGUGGUGACUGCGAAAAUAAUAAUGCAGGAGUUAGCGCUACUGCAGUCCGGAUGGGAUGCACCGGUUCCAGCACAGCUAGAGCGGAAAUGGAAGGAAUUUCAUCGUCACCUAUCUAAACUGGCCGAAUUCAACAUUCCCCGAUUUGCCUUCGUCGCGGAAUUCGUUGAUGUACAGUUACAUUGCUUCGCCGACGCCUCUGAUCUCGCUUAUGGGGCUUGCUUAUAUAUUCGCUCUGAAGAUGGACAUGGCAACGUACGCAUCGAGUUGCUGUCAUCUAAAUCUCGGGUCGCUCCACUGAAAAGAUUGACGAUUCCCAGAUUAGAAUUAUGUGCAGCCAGAGAAGCGGCACUUCUAUACCAAACCGUGGUUAAGGCCCUCGCACUGGACAAGCUUCGGUCAUUUUUCUGGUCGGAUUCGAUGGUCGUAUUACACUGGUUGAAGGCUCCACCGAAUACUUGGAAAACCUUCAUAGCAAAUCGCGUUUCCAUGAUUCAGACAACAACAUACGGGAACCCAUGGAAGCAUGUUGCUGGUAAAGAAAAUCCUGCCGAUUUGGUGUCCCGAGGAGUUCAAGUCGACGAUUUCUUGCAAAGCAAGCUAUGGAAGAAUGGACCGUCCUGGUUAAAGGAAUCUCCCUCCAAGUGGAUGACUGAAUCUUCAGAGACUACGCCAACGGAAGUGGAUCUCGAACCUCGCCUUACUACUCAAGCCAAUGUCACAUCGACAAAAUCGAACUCCAUAUUUUCCGUGCGGUCGACACUGCUACCGCUAGUCAGGAUAGUAGCAUGGUGCUUUAGAUUUUCGUCCAACUGUCGAAAAGCAGAUCAACGGGAAAUUUCCGUAUUUUUGACCGUGUGGGAAAUCAACAAGGCUAAAUUGGCUCUCGUACGUCUAGUGCAAGAAGAAACGUUUCCAGAAGAUAUCAAAUCCUUGAAGAAAACGUACCAGGUGUCGUCGAAAUCGUCUCUCAAGCUUCUUGGACCAUUCGUGGAUAAGGAAGGCGUUAUAAGAGUGGGUGGUCGACUGCGUCACUCUCUCGAGGAUUACUCAGUGCGACACCCAGCAGUUCUCCCGCAAUCGCACGUUUUCACGCACAUGCUCAUCAAUUUUAUCACCAACAAAUUCAUCACGGAGGACAUCAAGCAACUCUCGCUGUAA